CACCUAAUUUAGCUGUUCAUAAUUUUACAAAUGCGUCUUCACUGUUGUGGCUCCUGUGUUGGCUGUUGAUUUGGUAAUCUCAAAAUUGCGUUCUGGAGUUCGUCCCUAUUAAUUAUUCUGAAACUCUCCUCCGUGGUAACCUGAGCGAGUUGUACGUUGUGCUCGUCUAGUCUCUCCUCCAUAACCUGCUUUAAUACGCUAAGCACCAAGACCUGGGCUUCUUCUAAGGUGAGGUUCUUGUGGUACUUGUCAAGAAGCUCGGUUUGGGCAGCCUCGCUACCAGAGCCGAUAGCCUUUGCGUCGUAGCGCAUGAAAGUACCUGAAGGAUCAGUGUGGUAUAAUUGUGGACCGCGUUCAUCGAUACCAGCGAGCAACAAACUAACACCGAAUGGACGUGACUAUACUAUGGUAAGUAAGGCUAAGAAAGCAACUAGAGACUCACCAUCAUAGCCUCCUCAUUUUCGUCUUCGUCUACACCCUCACCGAACCUGAGUGCCAAAUCACAUACGCUCUGAGCGCAGCUUUCAACUAAUAGUGGCUCAUCGUAGGAGAACCUGUGGUUCUGACCGACAACGCGUGCGUGAUCGACCAUAGUACGUGCGUCAGCAGUCAAACCAGACAUUGCGCAGCCUAAGUGAGAAUCUAUCGAUAGUAUCUUUUCUAUGGAAGUGGAGAGUAAGAGUGGGGAUUGGCUACGCUUCUCUACGCCGAGAACGACACCAUGUUUGGUUGCUAUACCGACAGCAGUUGAGCCGAGCUUGUAGGUAGUUAGAAAGCUAAAAAACGAGUGAGAGGGAACGAACUUUGAUUGCUUCGAUGGCGUAUUCAACUGUUAAUCGUUAGUGAGUGUAUAUGAGCAUACGUCAGCCUCACCUUGAUAGAGACGACCCUCUGGUGAGAAAGUAGAAACACCGCGGUCGUAUUCAGAGCGUGUAAGGAACUAGCAGGUCAACAAAGAUAUUUUCUCUCUAUUUCACUCACCAUUGAGCUGAAAGUUCUGGUUCACGAUUGACAAUCUUGAAUAAAAUAAUUUAUGGCGGAUUUCGUCAACACUAGCAUAUUUGGUACGCUCUUCCAAAUAACAAGCCGCUAUGAUAGUUUAGAACCUGUGGGAAUGGGCGCAUUUGGAUUGGUUUGCUCAGCGAGGGAUCAACUGACUAACAACUCAGUUGCUAUCAAGAAAAUUAUGAAGCCUUUCUCUACCCCCGUUCUUAGCAAGCGCACUUACAGGGAACUCAAGUUGUUGAAGCACAUCCGACAUGAGAACAUCAUUGGAUUGUCUGAUAUCUUUAUCAGUCCAUCAGAGGACAUCUACUUUGUUACUGAAUUACUAGGCACUGAUCUACACCGUCUCCUGACUGCGCGACCUCUCGAAAAGCAGUUCAUCCAGUAUUUCUUAUACCAGAUACUCAGAGGUCUGAAAUAUGUGCACUCAGCCGGAGUAGUACACCGUGACCUCAAACCGUCAAACAUCCUAGUUAAUGAGAAUUGCGAUUUAAAGAUUUGCGACUUCGGUCUUGCACGUAUUCAGGAUCCACAGAUGACUGGUUAUGUUUCGACCCGUUACUACCGUGCACCAGAGAUUAUGCUUACUUGGCAGAAGUACGAUGUCGCCGUCGAUAUUUGGUCCACUGGUUGCAUAUUCGCUGAAAUGCUUGAAGGGAAGCCGCUAUUCCCGGGCAAGGAUCACGUCAACCAAUUCUCCAUCAUCACUGAGUUACUUGGUACUCCACCUGAAGACGUCAUCCAGACUAUCUGCUCAGAAAAUACACUCAGAUUCGUUCAGAGUCUUCCAAAAAGGGCCAAGGUACCAUUUAGCGAGAAAUUCAAGACAACAGACCCAUUGGCGUUGGAUUUAGUAGAGAAAAUGUUAAGCUUUGAUCCAAGAUCGAGAAUAACAGCUUCACAAGCCUUAUCACAUCCUUAUUUGGCACCAUACCAUGAUCCAAAUGACGAACCCGUUGCUGCUGAACAAUUCGAUUGGAGUUUCAAUGACGCAGAUCUACCAAUCGACACAUGGAAAGUAAUGAUGUAUUCUGAGAUACUUGACUUCCACAAUAUCUCACAAGAUGGUGAUAUCCUUCAGCCAAACAGCGGGGAAGCAACCGAGAACUACGUUCAAGCUAAUGGUGCACCAUUCAACGUAUAAUAAACUACUAACGCAAAUUAGCAUUUUUUAUUGAAUCGCAUAACGCCUAAGCUAUUUUUGAACCCAAACAAUUCACUAGAGCUUGUUUUAUGAUCGACUAACAAUCCUAUAAUCACCCCCUUUAGCUUUACUUUGGGUUUUCUUAACGAUAUGAAAUAUAAAAAAUACAUGAAGAUUUU